AGGCAUGCAUUUCAGAUUUGAAAGGCUAGAUCACUGUGGAUGCAACCGAGGCUUAGAGAACCAAGCAGGCGCUUAAUUAUUAUCAUUUAGUCGAAGGCGCGCAUCACAUCUGAGGGGUCCAAAGGUCCCGGGCGCCUUGUAGGAGUGUGGGAGCUGUAGUUGCAUAACUUUGAUCUGUUGCAAUCGGUGGUCCCUGUGCACCGCAUUUUUUUAUUAUUAUUAUUUUUUUAAGUUUAUCUAACUUAACUGUAUAACAUGUCAGUGGCACGGAUUCUACCAUCCAGAGGCGCCCGUCUUUUAGCCCGGGGGCGACAUGACGCAUCAGCCGGUGGCAGCGGAGCGCAGAGCCCCGGGCCGAGGGUCCACUCUCUGACUUCUCCUCUGUCCUCCUCCUCCCCUGCCAGAGCCCUGUCCGGACUUCCCAAAGGAAAAAUGACCGAGAACGGAAUGGCGUCCCGGGGCAAGGUGUUGACCAUCGACACCAUGAACCCCACCGUGAAGAAAGUGGAGUACGCCGUGCGGGGGCCCAUCGUGCAGCGCGCCGUGCAGCUCGAGAAGGAGCUCCGAGAGGGAGCGAAGAAGCCCUUUGCUGAGGUCAUCAAGGCCAACAUUGGUGACGCACAUGCCAUGGGCCAGCAGCCAAUCACUUUCUUCCGUCAGGUCUUGGCACUCUGCUCUUACCCUGAACUGUUGAAUGACAGCACAUUCCCAGAGGAUGCUAAAAGUAGAGCACGGCGCAUUUUGCAGUCCUGUGGAGGAAGCAGUAUCGGUGCUUAUAGUGCCAGUCAGGGCAUCGACUGUGUGCGUCAGGAUGUGGCUCGCUACAUCGAGCAAAGGGACGGGGGCAUUCCCUGUGACCCAGACAACAUCUACCUCACCACAGGGGCCAGCGAUGGCAUUGUGACCAUGCUGAAGCUGCUGGUGUGUGGCGAGGGGAAGAGCCGCACGGGUGUGAUGAUCUCCAUCCCCCAGUACCCGCUGUACUCAGCCGCCCUGGCUGAACUGGGCGCCGUGCAGAUCAAUUAUUACCUUAAUGAGGAAAAGUGCUGGAGUCUGGACAUCAGUGAGCUGCAGCGUGCCCUGGAUGAGGCCAGGCGCCACUGCAACCCCCGAGCCCUCUGUAUCAUCAACCCUGGAAACCCCACCGGUCAGGUCCAGAGCAGACAGUGCAUUGAAGAUGUGAUCCGGUUUGCAGCAAAGGAGCGUCUCCUCCUGAUGGCUGACGAGGUGUACCAGGACAACGUCUAUGCUGAUGGCUGCAAGUUCCACUCCUUCAAGAAGGUCUUGUUUGAGAUGGGACCAGAGUUCUCCAACAACGUGGAACUGGCAUCUUUCCACUCCACUUCUAAGUGUUACAUGGGAGAGUGUGGUUUCCGUGGUGGCUACAUGGAGAUCAUCAACAUGGACGCUGAGGUGAAGGCCCAGCUGACGAAGCUGGUGUCGGUCCGUCUGUGUCCCCCUGUCCCAGGACAAGCUCUGAUGGACCUGGUGGUCAACUGUCCCCAGCCUGGGGAGCCCUCCUACAACAACUUCAUGAAGGAGCGCACAGCCACCCUGGGCGUCUUGGCGGAGAAGGCCAAGCUGACAGAGCAGAUUCUGAACACUGUGCCUGGCAUCAGCUGUAAUCCUGUGCAGGGUGCCAUGUAUUCCUUCCCUCGCAUCACCAUCCCUGAAAAGGCCAUCAGAGAGGCUAAGGAGAAGGGCCAGGCUCCGGACAUGCUCUACUGCAUGAAGCUGCUGGAGGAGACUGGGAUCUGCCUGGUGCCUGGCAGCGGCUUUGGCCAGAAGGAGGGAACCUACCACUUCAGAAUGACCAUUUUGCCAGCGACGGACAAGCUGAAGAUCCUUCUGAGUAAAGUGAAGGAGUUCCACCAGAAAUUCACCCAGCAGUAUUCUUAAAUUUGAACAUCUCCUCCUCCAACCAGGAUCAGAAUCUGUCACCAACAAGUGCCUUCGCUACUGCGGCUCUGAUGGUCUAUGAUGAUGCACUUUAGCCUUUAUGACAUUCUCAUUCAGACUUGUAUGGACAGUACACAGAGUAGCUUUUGUGUAAAAAAAAACAAACAAGACUCAGACUGGAAGAAAUAUAGUUGAUAUUCAGGGACGUGUAAUUUUGGUACAACAUAUG